AUGACGCCAACUCCAUUCUCGCGAGACCCCACAAGGGUCACGCAUGUUGUUGUCUUAGCCGUCUUCUCCUUUCUCGCACUCGUUGCGGUUAUCUUCAGGUUGUGGGCUCGAAAAUUACAACGGAACAUAUGGGAGGCGAAUGACUAUCUUGUCAUUGUCGGCUUGAUAUGGGCGCUGGCAUUAUCUGUCUUCACAAUGCACUCGAAUAUAUACUGGGACCUGGGAGGCGAUGUCACCCAGUACGGGGAUCCUGAGGCCAUUGGAAAACUAGUUGUGCUUCAAUUCAAGGCUCUGCUCGUCGGCCAAGUGACCUGGGCAGUCGCCGUUACUUUCAUCCGCGCCUCGAUCCUCGCCCUCUACAUCCGCAUAUUCCGGACGAAAUCUUUCCGCAUGACCUGCUAUGUGGUCCAUGGGAUCAACGCAGUAUUCGGCGCCGCCACCAUCCUCGGCGCAUGUCUCAUUUGCCAGCCCAUCUCUUUCAAUUGGAAUCACUCAAUAGCAGGUGGCCAUUGCGGAGAUCAAAAAUCGCUGGAUCUAUUCAUUGGGAUCUUCAAUUUGCUCGUGGACGUGACCGUGGUAGUGCUGCCGAUGCCCGUGCUGUGGGGUUUGCAAAUGGCUGUGGGCAAGAAGUGGACAUUGAGCGGCAUGUUUGGUUUGGGCAUCAUAAUCUGCGUCAUCACCCUCAUAAGGAUCGACAUCACCACGAUGAACCACGGCACCAACGCCCAACAGAUAUACUCCCUCCUCGCCCUCUUCACCUGCCUCGAAGCCCUCCUCGGCGUCAUCAACGCCUGCCUCCCCGUCCUCAAGCCCAUCUUCAACAGACUCGGCGACUCCGGCGCCUCCGCCUGGCUCUCGUCCGUCAUGUCGGGCACGAUCCCCAUCUUCAUGCGCCCGAGCCAGAUGGGCUCGAGAUGGACGACCCCCGCGGCGACGACGACGAAGAAGAAGAAGCAGGACUCGGGAACGGGGGAGGAGAUGCCGGAGAUGCCCCGGUGGCCUGGGGGCCCGGGGGGGCCGGCGACGACGUCCCCGCCGCCCCGGUACGUGGACCGCAAGGCGGCGGACAUGAUGUUCGCGUCACCCGUGGGCGUGAGGAGUCCGUCGUCGAGUUCGCCGGUCCGGCCGAGGGGACCGCCGGUGCCGCCGAAGGAGGACGAUUACCGGGCGAGUCCCGCGAAGGACUGGGAGAGAAGGAAAGGCGGCCGGGGCGUCCGGGUGCGGAAGGAGUGGGAUGUGGAGAGGGCCAUCGGCGAGGAGAGUGACAGGCAGCCUUUGGAUCCGCGGAGGGAUUAUAAUUAUAAUGCUGGGCGGUGA